AUGCUCUUUCAUUUGAUUUUAUUUUCUGAGGUAUAUCAGCAGACUAUCUAUCAACUAGCAUUAUUGCACAAAGCAAAUGUUAUUAAUGGUUCAUAUAAAUGCUCCUGCAAAAUAUCAACUAACCUCACACUUCUCAACCUGCUAAUAUUUACUUCACCCUGUCUAAGUUUUAUAUUCACUCACUCUCUCUCUCAACCACACACACCAUCCAUUUCCUCGCUUCAUUCUUCUUCUUUGUUUGUAGUAUCAUCCAUGGCGAAGGAAAGAAAUGCUUCUUUUUUCUUGUGGAUAAUGGCUACUGGGUUGCUCUUCCAGGGCCUGGUGCUUCCUGCUAUGUCCAUUCGCUUUGAAGAUCAAAAGAACUACUACUCUCCAGACCCACAUACUGGAACUCCCCCUUCAGUCUCACACGGGAGUCCACCCCAUGGAAGUACACCAUCGCAUGGUUCACCACCCUCUCACCAUGGAACCCCAACCCCAUCACAUGGAGGAAGCUACAAUCCACCACCAUCUUCACCCUCACCACCUUCAAACUGUGGAAAUCCACCACACAAACCCGUCACCCCAUCAACCCCUUCAACUCCUUCAACCCCUUCAACCCCCUCAACACCAUCAAACCCUCCUUCAGGAUACUACCAAUCUCCUCCACCUUCUGGUGGUGACAGUCCUCCUCCUGUCAUUGUUAGCCCACCAUAUGAUCCAGGCACCCCUAGUAUUCCCUCACCUCCGUUCUCACCCAUCCCCGGCACAUGCACUUACUGGAGUAAUCACCCGAGUUUGAUAUGGGGUGUGCUGGGCUGGUGGGGUUCAUUGGGCAACGCAUUCGGAGUGACUAGCGUUCCUGGUUUCAGCGGAAACAUGAGCUUGCAGCAAGCACUUUCCAACACACGUAGUGAUGGGUAUGGAGCACUUUACCGAGAAGGGACUGCAUCAUGGCUCAACUCCUUGGUGAAUCACAGGUUCCCUUUAACAAACGACCAAGUCAGGCAGAGCUUCGUGUCAGCACUUCACUCAGACAAGACUGCAGCAGCUCAAGCUCGGCUCUUUAAGUCGGCAAAUGAGGGUCAUCUCAAGCCCAGAGCUUGAAAAAUAACUUCAUUAUUUGGCAUGUUUUUUCAAAUUUCAGUUUGUGGAAGCAUUAUAUAUCUAGGGCGUGUGCUACUUUAUUAAGAAUUUUAAGUGUUUCUAGUAUCUUACCAUUAUCCGUCAUGUUACAGUAUUUUAAUUAAUAGAUACUACGUUGUUUAAAUGUUUAGUUUAUGCUACCUAGUUUCGAAAAAUAUUCUUCGUUUAGAUUAUUCCCAUAUCGUCAU